AUGGGCAGCGUGGUCAGCCCGAUGGCCGAUCCGACACUGAGCUUGCCCCACCACCACCUCUUCAUGCGCAAAGGCGCUUGCGCCGGGCUCGAAUGGCGCUCAAAUCCCUCAAGCCCCACGUUUCGAUCCGCAACGACCUCGGCUUCCGACGGCCGUGUGCACCCACUGCAAGGCUCCGCACUGGGAGUGCGAAAGGUCGAAGUAGGUCGAAGUCGACCGGACACUUCAGCACGUGCUGCUCGCAGGGCAAGGUGCGGCUACCUCCCCCUCCCCAGCCCAAUCCCGAGUGUCGAAAGCUGCUCGAAGGCUCGGAUAGCGGUCAGUUGCUCCGUCCAACAACAUUCGUCUACAGUAGACCCACAUGCCGAACUGUGCGACAAUUUUCCCACGCACACAGAAGCUAAAGCGUUCCGCGAGAAUGCCCGGUCGUACAACAACGCGCUGUCGUUCACUUCGCUUGCUGCUCACUUCGACCAGAUACGACUCGGCACUUUAGGACCCCCGUGUUCGCGUGUUCGGUCACCUCUAUCAUCGACUCGGUGCCCUGAUCCCCGCCGUGAAUCAACGCCCAGCCUUUGCUCAGACAUGGCUCAUCGACCCGGUCGAGGCCACCGACACUCGACUUGGACCCAACAGCCCAGACCGUCGCAUACAAAGAUCUACGUUGACCAAGCUCGAGUCCAAGUUGCGUACCAACAAUCGCUUUGUGAGGCUGUUUGCAUUGACCAAAGCUCGUGCAGGUUGGAAUACGGCCAAAUAGUGGAUCCUGCGCCUCUGCCUCCGGCCAGGCUGAGACCGACGCACCCACAACCUUCCUACGUCGAGCACGGAAAUGGCGAUACUCAUAUGCGAUUCCGACACCAACACGGGAGAUCGUGGACGUCAAGACCUUAUUCUCCAGGUGCACGGUGAUCGAUGUCCCGAGGGUCGGCCCAAAUACCAAGUCGUUAGCUCGCUCCAUCCGUCCGCGAUGCCUCUCCGUUACCCACUACUUUUUCCUGCAGGGGAAGAUGGCUUCCACCCCAACAUUCCUCUUUGCGGGUUCCACCAAGCCGGGCCGCCAAUCGCCAGAAACCGAGAGCAGAUCGACAAUGGUGUCCAAUUGCGCGAGGUACUUGCCGGUCUCGGUCUGGAUGACGAAGACGUACAGGAGGACGAAGACCGCGACGAUGAGGAUGAAGACGGCGAGGAAGGGGACGAAGAUAAUGGUGAUGGUGAACGUACGCGUCUUCGGCUCUUUCUCGGAUGUUCCAUUCUGUCUAAGGCGCAAGCACAGACUGACAUUGAACUUUUGAACACCUAGGACGAAGGUCAAGUAAAGGGGUCGAGGUCGAGGUGGCGAGUCUCGCGUUCACAAUUCUUUGCGCACUACUUGCCAAAGGCGACAAGUACUUCUCAAUCCCGCAUUGCACCCAACGUCCCUUCCUGGAGUUUGUGAUUUACGGAUGUACUCCCAAGUCAAGACCGAUUGACUCAACACAUCCGGUUGCAUCAAGAGAACCUACACCUCACCACGACCCAAGGCAUCAACGGCUUGACCCCGAACCAAAUCGCGACAUCACGCAGCGAUACCAGGAUGCGAUGGCUUGCGUUGUCAAACAUGGAAAGCCUCCGCUGCUCAUCACGAUGACGUACGACCCCCGACUCACCGGAAAUCAAGGCUGCACUGGGGCCGAUAAAGCAUGCAACCGUCCAGAUCUCAUUGCACGAGUGUUUGAAGCCAAGCCCGGCAACAAGCGACAUGCAGGCUGUUUCGGCGAUGAAUGUAAGAUGAAUAGAUUUUGUUUCUUUGCUGUACUUCGUAUUGUGUUUUCUUAA